AUGAGCGCAAUUCUCUCCGCCGACGAUCUGAACGACUUCAUUUCUCCCGGCGUCGCCUGCAUAAAACCUAUCGAGACCAUACCAGCCGAGUCCAAGGAUGGCGCUUCCAACCCCUACGAAGUCACGACCGAAGACAAAGUCACCGCCGCCAACCCUCCGCCCGCGCAGCUCUCGCUGACCGAUUGCCUCGCCUGCUCGGGCUGCGUCACCUCCGCCGAGGCCAUGCUCGUAUCGCUGCAAUCACACACCGAAGUCCUCAACACACUGGACGCUCACCCAGAACUGGCGCCGCCGGCGGCAACAGAAAGGCAUACGAACGGCGCGGCGAAGACUGGCGUGGCGACGAACAGCGCGACGGCGCACCACCACCACCACCACCACGGGGUGAACGGCGUGGCCAACGGGACUGCCGGCGGCGAAAGCAAGAUCUUCGUCGCCAGCGUCAGCCCGCAAGCGCGCGCGAGCCUGGCGGCGACGUUCGGCGUCAGCGAGCGCGAGGCCGGGCACAUGGUGGAGCGGCUGCUGAGCGGGCCGGACGGCGUGCGGCGCGGCGGCGCGCACGGCAGCGGCUUCGCGUGGGUCAUCGACACCAACACGGUGCGGGAGGCGGCGCUGGUGCUGGCGGCGGACGAGGUGUCAUCGGCGCUAUCGUCGUCGGGAGCGUCUUCUCCAGCUACUACUACUACUACUACUACUACUACUCCGGGGCAAGAAGGAGCCGCGUCGACGAUGCCGAGGAAGCCGAUCCUGACGUCGGCGUGCCCCGGGUGGAUCUGCUACGCGGAGAAGACGCACCCGUACGUGCUGCCGCACCUGUCGCGGAUGAAGUCGCCGCAGGCGCUGGCGGGCACGCUGGUCAAGUCGGUCCUGUGGCGCCGGUUCGGCGUGGCACCCGAGCGGGUGUGGCAUCUGGCCGUGAUGCCGUGCUUCGACAAGAAGCUCGAGGCCAGCCGCUCCGAGCUGACGUCGGCCGCCUGGAUGCCCGCCUCUUCUUCGUCUUCUUCCAAAAACGAACCCGUCCGCGACGUCGACUGCGUCAUCACGGCCCGCGAGCUCCUCUCGCUCGCCCAGAGCCGCGGCGUCGACUUCGCCGCCAUCCCGCGCACGCCACUGCCGCUGAAGCAGCGCGUCCCUUUCCCCGACCCCGAACUCGACGCCUUCCUCUUCCCCUCACGACGACAAACUCCAACUCCAAACACCACCCGCCAACGGAAACAGAACACCACCACCACCCCGCCACCCUCCGACCCCUUCGCCGUCGGCACCAGCGGCGGCUACCUCUACCACAUCAUGCAAACCCUCGCCGCCCGCCACCACGCCAAUAGUGCCCCGCCGCCGUCCCUGCACGUCGAGCGCGGCCGCAACGCCGACGUGGUCGAGUACGUCCUGCGCGACGCGGCGACGGGCGCCGUCGUCGUCAAGGCGGCGCGCUUCUACGGCUUCCGCAACAUCCAGAACCUCGUGCGCCGGCUGAAGCCCGCGCGCGCGAGCAGGAUGCCCGGCGCGGCGAGGAGGAGGGGGGUUCCUCCUGGUGGUGCUGGUGGUGCUGGUGGGGGGGAUGGUGAGUAUGCGUAUGUGGAGGUCAUGGCGUGUCCGGGUGGGUGUACGAAUGGUGGGGGGCAGAUCAAGGCGGGGGAGGUGGCGGAGCUGAGGGGGGAGGGGGAGGGGGUGGCGACGGAUGAAGGCGUCGUGGUGGAUGGUGGCGAGGUGAAGCUGCAGCAGCAGCAGCAGCAACAGAGGAAGCCGGGUCCGCAGGAGCAGAAGGAGUGGUUGAGAAGGGUGGAUGAGGCGUAUUUUUCCGCGUCGUCGUCGUCGUCGGCGUCGGAAGAUGAAAGCGGAGAGGAUGAGGAUGUGGAUAUGGACGCGGCGGAGCGGGUGAUGGAGUCGGACGUCGGUGGCGAUGCUAUGGAUGUGGACUCUGCGCCGCCGUCGUCGAAGACCGAUGGCGAUGCGGGCAAAGUGGGUGCGGAUGGCGAGGAGGAGGAUGUCGUCGUCGAUGGCGUUUCGAGGCGUAAGGUCCACGCUUUCUUGCGCCAUUGGAGCGACGUCACGGGCGUGGAUGUGGCCGGCCUUACGCAGACCAGCUACAGGAAAGUCGAGAGUGAUGUGGGCAAGGCGAAGAAGGCUAGUGAUGUGGAGAGGGUGGCUGGGCUGGCCAGCAGUAUCGGUGGGGGGUGGUAA